AUGGCGCCGUCCGGUCCUAUCACAACACCGCUGACCACGCUGCUGGGGAUUCAGCAUCCCAUCAUGCUUGCUGGCAUGGCGCACACGGCAGGCGGAGAACUCGCUGCGGCUGUAUCCAAUGCGGGAGGUCUCGGCGUCGUCGGCGGCUUCCAGUACACACCGGAGCAGCUACGCGAAAUUAUUUCUGAGAUGAAGGCCCGAUUUAAGCAGCCUAAUCUCCCCUUUGGCGUUGACUUGGCCUUGCCCCAGGUCGGUGGCAGCGCUCGAAAGACGAACCACGACUACACACAUGGCAAACUAAACGAACUUGUGGACCUGAUUAUCGAGAGUGGUGCCUGUCUUUUCGUCAGCGCCGUCGGUGUUCCUGAACAGGAAGUCAUUGACAAGUUUCACAAACACGGCAUCUUAGUCAUGAACAUGGUUGGCCACCCCAAGCACGCCGUAAAGGCCCUUGAGCGUGGCGUCGAUAUGCUUUGUGCCCAGGGCACCGAGGGAGGCGGCCACACUGGUGAUGUCGCCAACUCGGUGCUGAUCCCGGCAGUUGUCGAUGUUGCUCGUCGCUACAAGCCAGCCAUGCUAAAGGGCCAGACGGCUCUAGUCCUUGCCGCAGGCGGUAUUCACAACGGACGUGGCCUGGCCAGCUCUCUCAUGCAGGGCGCUGUCGGUGUCUGGGUCGGUACCAGAUUCGUCGCCUGCACCGAGGCCGCUAGCGCCGAGGAACACAAGGAGGCCGUUGUUGCUUGCGACUUCUCCGAGACGGACCGUACUUUGGUUCUCACGGGCCGGCCGUUGCGAGCCCGACUCAACCCAUACCUGAAGAGCUGGCAGGUUAGAGGCAAUGCUGCCCAGGAGCUUUGUGACAAGGGUAUUGUCCCCAUCGAGCACGACUUUGAAAAUGAUCGCGAGGACAUUGAAUUUCCUCAUCUCAUGGGCCAGGUGGCUGGGGCAAUUACCAAGAUCCAGCCCGCCAAAGAGAUUGUCGACGAAAUGGUUGCCGAGGCCGUGGACCAACUCAAUUUGGCCAACGUGUAUCUGAGCUCUAAGAGCAAGCUGUAA